GUUGUUACAUCAGCGGCGCAUAGGUUCAACACGUGCUUUGUGUGUGCAGUGCGCACGGCCCGCACGGGUGUGUUGAGUGAUUUCAUUUAUCGGUUUUAGCAUAUAAUGGAUUGAUAUACCGCAUUUGUGUUAGAAGGUUUCAACGAAAAAUUAGUGAACAUACGUAAGGCCUCAUCUAGGAAAGAAACAAUGGUGGUAUUUGCAUGCAAUGCAUGUGGUGCUUCAGUGAAGAAAAACCAAGUUGAAAAACACUAUCAGCAGCAGUGUAGGAGAUGUGAAAGUCUUUCCUGCAUGGACUGUGGUAAGGACUUUUGGGGUGAGGAUUACAAACAACACAACAAAUGUAUCUCUGAAGAAGCUAAGUAUGCUGCUAAGGGUUGGGAGCCAAAGGCCAGUGCUAAUAAAGGAGAAAGAAAGCAGGAAGCGUGGAUCGAAUCGAUCAACAAUGUCGUGGGAAAGACUACUGAUAUAUCUCCUGCUGUUCGGGAUCUCCUGGCGACAUUGUCUCAGCACAGCAACAUUCCUCGCAAGAAGAAGAAGUUCCUGAACUUCGUGAGCAACAGCAUUCGGGUACGGAACAGCGUGCUGGUGGAAGAGGCGUGGAAAAUAUUCGAGGCGGCCAUAGCGAAACCAGCGGAGGAGGCGCCGGCGGUGACAGCCACCGCGAAAAAGAAGGAGAAUGAUGCCUCUCAAGGAACUGAAAGUAAAGAGGAGAUGCUUGACAAUGCUACUAGUAAGAAGAAAAAGAAGAAAAAAGCGAACUCCGAACCUAUCCCUGAAGAAACGGUACCGGAAGAUGCACCGGUCGUUAAGAAGAGUAAGAGGGAGAAGAAGAUGGAACGUAGCAAGAAGAAGAACAAACUGGCUCAGAAUGGCGCUCCUGAGGAGAAUGGUGUCAAGAAGGGCAAAAGGAAGCACGAAGAGGCCGACGAUGAUGUCGAUGAAGGUAUCCCGGACGAGGAGUGCGGUGGCGGCGCGAAGAAACGGAAGCUGGAGGCAGAGCCGGCCGUAGAGCGACUGAACGACACCCUGGACGAGGCUUCGCUGGCCUCUGCGCAGGCGUCGAAAAAGUUCGACUGGACCGGUGUGGUGCUGGCUCUGCUGGGCAACCGUGACGACCACGAGCUGUCGCUGAAGAAGCUGCGGAAGAAAGUGGUGAGCGAGUACGAGUGCCGCGGCUGUGAGGGAAAGCCAAACACCAGCAAGGAGGAGAUCUGGGCGAAGCUGGAUAAGAAGCUGAAGAAGAUGCCUCAGGUGAAGGUGAUACGGGACAACGUUAAACUGGUGAGUGUUUGACUGGUGUAGCGAUUAACUGUGUUGUGGACUGUGAAGUAUGGCGCUCUUUUGUGGCGCCAUUUAUGGGGUAUAUUGCUGCGAGGACAAUACGUAUCUGUUUCCAUGUGCGUCGAAUUGUCUAGCUAGUGACAAGCCUUCUUGUGAACGUUCUCGUGUUACGUUUUGGAUUUCGUCACUACCUUUUUGAAGCGUUGGUAUAUCAAAAACGCAUUCAAUUUUAGAUUCCUAAGUCUAACAGACAGACAAAGACUGACUUUACAUAACCUGUCGUGGUGUCAAGUGGCUGGUUGCGCAGAUAGCAUUUGCUUUUCAGUGAAGAACCGAUGACUUUCUCUUUUGUAAAACAAUUACGUGUUCCGUUACUCUAUGCUUAUCUCUUUCCGUUCGCAAAACAUAUAUUGCGGUUUAAUGGCUGUAAAUGUAAAAGGCGAUGUAACUUUUGCGACGGCCAGCAAAGCCUAUUCCGUACAUGCAUUAUAAUGCUCACGCAUUUGUUUCACAUUCAUUUUUUUCCCACAAAGUUAAUUUGCUGUUUGUGUAAGCCGGGUGCCAAAAACGUCUCGGUACGAACUUGGAAAGUCAGAACUUCUUGGUAAUGGGCAUGCCGUGGCUUAUGCACUGAAUCAUCGGGAUGACCAUCGCCCGUGUUUUGAAAAUAUAGUGUGAUUUUA